AUGGAACGAAUAUUGCGUGGCGUUAUGCGUUACCGGCAUACGACGCGAGAGCAAAUGGUGCAAGAGUUUCGGAAAGUUCGUGACAAUCCACAGCCAAAAGCCGUCUUUUUCACCUGCAUGGACAGCCGAAUGAUACCGACCAGGUUCACGGAGACACACGUCGGCGAUAUGUUUGUGGUACGAAAUGCGGGCAAUCUCGUACCGCACGCAGAGCACUUUCAGGACGAAUAUUUUAGCUGUGAACCGGCGGCCUUGGAGUUGGGCUGUGUUGUGAACAACAUCAAGCACAUCAUUGUGUGUGGCCACAGUGACUGCAAGGCGAUGAACUUACUGUACCAGCUGAAGGAUCCGGAAUUUUCUUCGCUGGAAAAUCGUCGCAUAUCUCCGCUGAGGGCGUGGCUGUGUGAGCACGCCAAUACGAGCCUGGCCAAGUUUCAAAAUCUCAAGGAAAUCGGUCUGGACAAACCGUUGAUAUUUUCUUCGGAAACACCGCUCCGCAAAUUUGUCGCAUACAUCGACCCGGAAAACAAUUUUACGAUCGAGGAUAAACUGUCGCAGGUUAACACACUGCAGCAGAUAGAGAACGUUGCGUCGUACGGAUUUCUGAAACGUCGGCUCGAAUCACACGACCUCCACAUUCAUGCGCUGUGGUUUGACAUCUACACCGGGGACAUUUAUUUCUUUAGCCGCAACUCGAAACGUUUCAUUGCGAUCGAUGAAAGCUCGAUCGAACGGUUGCUGGACGAGGUACGGCGGUACUAUUCCUGA